CGCAAAAGCAUGCUAAUAAAACAACCACACUACACGCAGCAUUCACCACCUCCGUCACCGAAACUAGUAUGCUUCCUGCUGCUUGGUGCUCCGUCGACCUCGAUUAGAAGAUUUCCACCGCGCCUUUCUCGACCGUUCGACAGGAGUCGCCUAGUAGAUUCGAGCUCCAGUGUCCCCGCGGCCGAGGCGCCUCACACAAUCUCCCACACCCAGAGCACGUCAAAACUGGCGCAAUGCCCUCGGAUCCGAUGCAACCUCUCAGCUCCAAGGAGAACUCCCUCUUUCGUCAGGUUGUCAAAUGCUAUGAGGACAAGCAUUAUAAGAAGGGUCUGAAAGCUGCGGAUCAAAUUCUUCGAGCACAUCCCAACCAUGGGGACACGCAGGCCAUGAAAGCCCUCAUCCUGAACUCCACCGGGAAGGGUGAUGAGGCUUUCACUCUUUGCAAGGAAGCACUCAAGAACAACAUGAAAUCGCACAUAACCUGGCAUGUCUACGGGUUGCUAUAUCGCUCCGUUAAGAAUUACGAAGAGGCUAUCAAGGCGUACAAAUUUGCCCUCAGACUUGAACCGGAACAAGCAAACAUCCUCCGCGACCUCGCUCUCCUUCAGAUACAGAUGCGCGACUAUAAAGGGUACCUGGAUAGCAGGACAAAGAUGCUCUCUCAGCGUCCCGCGUUACGACAGAAUUGGACUGGUGUCGCUAUAGCCCACCACCUGUUGAACAACUACCAGGCCGCCGAGAAGAUCCUUACAACCUACGAGGAGACUCUGAAGCAGAAGCCGUCGAAAUCGGACAUCGAGCACUCCGAGGCGGGGCUAUAUAAAAUCUCAAUAAUAGCUGAGUCCGGGGACAAGGAGCGAGCCUUGAAGGAAUUGGAACGGAUUUUGAAGGACACACUGGACCGCGCAAGCGCGUUGGAAAUGAGGGCUGAGCUCUUGUUAGAGCUUGGAAGGAAAGAGGACGCCGAAAAAGCGUACAGGACUCUGCUGGAUAGAAAUAACGAGCGAAGGGCGUACUAUGAGGGAUUAGAGAAGGCUCUUGGUUUGGACAGGUCCGACCCGUCCGCGCAUUCCCAGCUGAUGGAGCUCUAUAAUUCUUACGCAGCGAAAAGCCAACGGGUAGACGCUGCCAGGCGGAUACCCUUGGAUUUCCUGACCGGUGAUGACUUCCGGCAAGCAACUGAUCGGUAUCUUCAGCAAAUGUUUAAGAAGGGGGUUCCUUCUACUUUCAACAACAUCAAAGCACUCUAUGCGGAUCCGGCGAAAAAGGCAGUCAUCGAGGAGUUGGUGCUGGGUUAUGCUUCUGGGACGAGCAUGAACGGAUCUGCGAACGGCGAGACCAAUGGCACCUCCGAUCGCUUCGAAGAGUCCGUCCUCUACUUCCUUGCACAACACUACAACUAUCAUCUCAGCCGAGACCUGCAAAAAGCGAUGGAAUACAUUGACAAACUGAUUGAGCGGAAUCCGAAAUCAGUGGACUACAAUCAGACCAAAGCGCGCAUCUUCAAGCACUACGGAAACAUCACGAAGGCCGCCGAGACAAUCAAUCACGCACGAGAACUCGACCUCAAAGACCGCUACAUCAACACGAAAUGCGCCAAAUAUCAAUUACGCAAUAACGAGAAUGAUGUGGCCCUGAACACGAUGAGCAAGUUCACCCGAAAUGAGGCCACUGGAGGGCCGCUUGGCGAUUUGCAUGAUAUGCAAUGUCUCUGGUACUUGACGGAAGAUGGCGAGGCGUACCUGCGGCAACGGAACCUUGGUCUUGCGCUCAAGCGAUUCACAGCGGUUGCAGACAUCUUCGAUAUAUGGCAGGAGGACCAGUUUGACUUCCACGCUUUCUCCCUACGGAAAGGACAGAUCCGGGCAUACAUCGACAUGAUUAGAUGGGAGGAUCAUCUACGCGAGCACCCUUUCUUCACUAGGGCUGCCUUGUCCGCCAUCAACAUUUAUCUGCAACUAGCAGACAACCAAGGCCUCUCCAACGGCACCGAGGCGGCCGCGAGCCAGCAGGAUGCAACCGAGCGCAAGAAAGCCCAGAAGAAGGCAAAGAAGGAAUUGGAGAAGCUCGCCAAGCAAGAGGCGGAGAAGAAGGCCAAAAAGGCCAAUCCGCCCAAAGACGACGGCGAGACAAAGAAGGAGGACACUGAUCCUAAUGGUCUCAAAUUGCUCGAGACCAAAGAGCCGCUAGAAGCCGCCCUGAGGUUCCUUACGCCACUUUUGGAGUUCAGCCCCAAGAACAUCGAUGCACAGAACAUAGGGUUUGAGGUGCACUUCAGGAGAAAGAAGUAUCUACUCGCACUAAAGUGUCUCAACGCAGCGCGGGCCAUUGAUCCUGAGAAUCCUAAGCUCCAUGAACAAGCCAUUCGCUUCCGUCAAGCCAUGAAUGAAACCAAGGAUUUACCGGAUACGGUUGCCAAAGCCAUCGAGGAGACCUUUGACAUUGUGCCUGCGGACGCCGACCUUAAGGCCUACAACUCGGAGUGGCGACAAAAGCAUGCAGACAGCCCGGCGCAUCAGCAAUCUGCGCUCAACGUCCAGUAUCUCCUCGAUAACCGCACCAAGGGAGAGUGCGAAGCCGACUUGAAGAAGCUCCUAGAGUCCGCCUCGAUAACGAUGGAGCAGGCCGCAAAUGGAUUGGAGUACCUGGACGAGUGGAAGAGCGAUGCGACAGCUAGGAACGAGUACCGCAGUGCUGCAUCUCAAAAGUGGCCUCAGGCUACCGUCUUCCUCCAGUAGACGCAUUUCUGAUAGAUACUUCGCUUGUUAGUGGUCAGGUUGUCUUCUACGAUUGAGUUAUCUCAUGGGAAAAGUGGUCGGUGCAUGCAUGGGCAUAGGGAGCAUGGUCCUUGGGCGUGGCGAGGAGGUCAGAUAGACAAAAAAUUAUCAAAUAUAUGUACGAGAGUGGUGG